GCCAGCCAUGUCCUCCACCAGGACAGCGGCCUGGGCUACAAGGACUUGGACCUCAUCUUCUGCGCUGACCUCAAAGGGGAAGCCGAGUUUCAGACUGUGAAGGACGUGGUCUUGGACUGCCUCUUGGAUUUCUUGCCCGAGGGGGUGAACAAGGAGAAGAUCACGCCGCUCACCCUCAAGGAGGCUUAUGUGCAGAAAAUGGUAAAAGUAUGCAAUGAUUCAGACCGAUGGAGUCUCAUCUCCCUGUCCAACAACAGUGGCAAAAAUGUGGAGCUGAAAUUUGUGGACUCUCUGAGGCGGCAGUUUGAAUUCAGUGUCGAUUCCUUUCAAAUCAAGCUGGACUCCCUGCUGCUUUUUUAUGAGUGCUCAGAGAAUCCAAUGACUGAAACGUUUCACCCGACUAUCAUUGGUGAGAGCGUCUAUGGGUGUUUCCAGGAAGCCUUUGAUCACCUCUGCAACAAGAUAAUUGCCACCAGAAACCCAGAAGAAAUCCGAGGAGGUGGUCUUCUGAAGUACUGCAACCUUUUGGUAAGGGGCUUUAGGGCUGCCUCCGAGUCCGAGAUUAAGUCCCUGCAGAGAUACAUGUGUUCAAGGUUUUUCAUUGACUUCUCAGACAUUGGAGAACAGCAGAGAAAGCUGGAGUCCUACUUGCAGAACCACUUUGUGGGAUUAGAGGACCGCAAGUAUGACUAUCUCAUGACCCUUCACGGUGUGGUGAAUGAGAGCACAGUGUGCCUAAUGGGACAUGAGAGGAGACAGACUCUGAAUCUGAUCACCAUGCUGGCCAUCCGGGUCCUAGCCGAGCAAAAUAUCAUCCCCAAUGUGGCCAAUGUCACCUGCUAUUACCAGCCAGCCCCAUACGUAGCAGAUGCCAACUUCAGCAAUUACUAUAUUGCCCAGGUUCAGACCGUGUUCCCUUGCCAGCAGCACACAUACUCUACUUGGCUGCCCUGUAAUUAAGGACUGAAAUUAGUAGACCCAGUGGGGAGAACAUUUUCUAAGACCUAGGAAGGGGCGGCGCGUCCCUUUGAAACGGGGUGUUUUGUGCAAUCAUGAUCUGCUCUAGUUUUCAAGCUUGGGAAAAGCUUGUGGUUCUUCUAAUAAAUAACGGGAGCAUGAUUGAGAAAGAACCCCAGAAUAAUUGGAUUCUAGCCCAGAGCACAAGAGGCCUGUCAUUAAGAGCAACCAGCUUCCCCUGAAAUAUGUGAGGGAGGAAUGCUUGAUGACAAUAUGGGUUGGCAAUAUCUGCUCCCAUAGCUUUGGCAUAAAGUGGGAAGGCCUUAUUUUCUUUUAUUUUUUAUUCUUACUCUAGAAUGGGAUCUGCAAAAGGGAGAAUAUGAAAGAAAACAAAACAAA